UACGGCGCGCAUUCCGUCCCUGUUUCACAGACAACGAAAUCCCCUACGACCAUCUCGUUCUCGCCAAAUAUGUCAGGUAUGUCCACCGUCCCGCUCUCGCCUAUUGUCGAGUCUCUUUCAGCUUCUGCCAGUCGAACACAGUCGACUGUCGACUUCAGCAUUCAGUUUCAAGUCGACCGACGUACGGUUCGGACGUACCAUAUAUACGACCUCUGUGUUUCGUUCUCGUUUUUCAAUCCCGUUUUGUAUUGUGUAUAAAAUUAAGUCUGUGCCCUGUCGAUGCCGGUUCACAAUAACCUACGAACGUAGUUUGGUGUAUCUAUAGAAAAAUCCGAGACUCAAUUUGAUUCGUUGUCAGUCGAGUGCUUAUAUAUAGUAUAGUUCUAUCCGACUGUCAAAUGAUACUCUUUUGGACAGUGGACCCAUGCACGGAUAGAGUUUCAUCUGGUAUUAGUUGUGAUGCACUAGGAGAAAAAGAGUGUGGAAUGUUGUAAACUGCCGCAUGAUCCAAUAUCGUUGCAGAACCGGUAAAACUCAAGCGCCAAGAAGAGAAAGAAGUCUGUAUCUAUUGUAAUAUCUGCUUGGCGUCACGGAAUUCGUUCAUCAAAGGGCUGGGAUCCGGAGCGAUACUGAUAAAACUUACUGUAGACGACGAAAUUUCGUUUCGAAAACUGUUUUGACGCCGUUCUGGUCCGUGUGUGCGCGGAAAGUGAUUUUGACACGACGUUUUCCCGGAACCCUGAGGUGUGAAUAAUUUUGUCGGUGGAGGUUUACGAACGAUACCGGUAUGAAAUUUAGUGAAGAUAAAUGUUCAGAAAAUAGCUGUUGGGCCUUGAGAGCGCAGCUGAGUUGAUCGGCCGUGGCAAAUCGUCGGCGAUCCUCCACUGCGAGGAACCUGCGUACAGGAAAAGCCAGCUGACAAAACGAAUUAGUCAAAUUAAUUGGUCGAGUGUAUAAAUCUCCGUCCGCUCGCGGGGAUAACUGUUAUAAUAAAUAGAAACAUCGAUAAAAUUUGCCCGCUCGUACUGUUUCCGGACCGUCGUAAGCGUUGCCGAUCGCAUAAAAUAAAAAGCGAUAAUAAUAAAAGAAAAGGUCCAAUUGUACGUACGUAUACGCGCGACAAAUUUGUCGCGAAAACUAAUCGAAUAAAUCCGAGUCCGUAAAAACGGCGCAAAAAGACGAAAAACACGAUGUUAACAUGCUGUAGUCGGGAACGGGUUUAAUUAUGGCCGUUUCUGCGACCGGGGAACAUUGAAUAAAGUGCUUAGACCGACAAAUGAAUUUACAUAAACAGGCUCAGCUGAAACAAGAACAAAACCACGACACGGCGAGCUGCUUGUACGACAAUAUUUAAAGACACAUUAUGCAUUGUUUUAUAAACAUUCGACUACACAACUUAAUUCGUGCGACACCUCGUUCGUCCAAUGAGUAAUGACUCAACGGGACGAAGAAAACGCCGCCUGCUACGUUUAUUCAAAUUAAUCGUACGACUCAAGCUGCCCACGAUGUCCGCUUACACCAAUUUCACCGAAAAAAACUGUGCCUUUUUGUGCUACACCGAACUGAAAAACCAACCGAAGGCCCGGCCGUUCUUCAGGAACUUUUGCAUCGUGAGUGUUUUCCUUGCGUUCCUGAUAGGUCUGUCGGUAGGAAUCUUGAUACCCGUGCUGUGCUUGCAGCGCUCCCACAGGACUCAUACUAAUAAUAGCAAAUCAACAGGCCAUUUUCUGCCAAGCCCCUCCGCGAUACGGACGAUAUUCCUGAACAAUAGUUACGGUUUUAAAAAUAAUUUAAAUAAGUCUAGCAAUAGUGAUAAACGUUCGAUAAAACAGGACUACAACGAAUAUCCUACAGUUUCGUUCAUUGACAGGCAAUCGUUCGUCCGUUUAAGCCAAGACCUUGUCGAAGACGGGAUAUACUGGGGAUCCAAGGUGGAAAAAGCUUUGCCGGAAGGUUACGGCAAGAAGAAGCACGAACUGUGGACGAACUACGUCCAAAACGGCGUAGCGGUAAAGCUCCAGGCAGGAUGCGGAAGGAUGCAGAAUCGCAUGGUCGUGUUCCAAGACGGAACCCAGGGAUGCGUGAGAUAUCGCCAGAACAUCGACCAGAUCCAAGGGGAACUUUUCAGUUUCUAUCUAGCGCAAAUAUUGAAAUUACCAAACCUGGCCCCGUCAACUGUCAGCGUGGUAGACUUGAAAUCGUCGCUUUGGCAGAACCUGGCGAAAGACAUCGCCGCGGCACAAUGGAAUUCGAACAAGCCCAUUGUACUCACUCAGUUCAUCGGAAACUUGGACUCGGCAACAAUACCGCCAGUGUUUAAGCCGGCGGAGCGUCACCUUAACAAGUACGACGUUCAUAAUAUGACAAAGAACGAAAUAUUGGACGAGGACGUGUCACUGAAGAAGUUGGUCGAACUCGCUCAAUGGUCCGAUUUGAUUAUUUUCGAUUAUCUGACCGCCAACCUGGACCGGAUCGUGAACAACCUCUACAACUAUCAAUGGAACGUGAAUAUAAUGGACGCGCCGGCCCAUAAUCUCGCAAAGAAGUUAGACAGCGAUCUCCUCCUAUUCCUCGAUAACGAAUCCGGUUUGUUACACGGCUACAGACUAUUGAAAAAAUACGAAAUAUACCACUCGCUACUGCUCGACAAUCUGUGCAUAUUUCGUAAGCAAACGACAAACAUCAUUCGCGAACUGAAAGAGAAGAGAAACAUCGGUACGUUGAUGAGACGGAUUUUCGAGAAACAGAACAACGCUCAAGUGAAAGACGUGCUACCAACUCUGNAUCUGCCUUCAGCAACAUUUCCAAAUUAUGUUCAAUUCCUGCACUAUUGUUGUGCAGGUACCAAAGAAACGUAUACGAUGUAUUGUCUGUCCCGAAAUCAGUACCAUUCGGUAUUUCCAGGGUUGGUAAGGUCACCACCCUAA